CAGAGCAGAGUCCCCCCCCCUGCCCCGAGUGAAGGAAAAAGCAACGGGAGGAAAGACCAUGGAGGGAGCUGGAAGUGUUAGCUACUUUGAGAAACUUUUUCCUUCUUAAGUUUUCUGCGAAAAUCAAAGCGCCUCAAUGUGGCGACUUCCGGUGUGUAUUUAUGUUCUGGGUAAACCUCGUAAACCUUAACAUUCAAACAUACACAGACAUUCUGGCCGCGGACAGUUAGCACAACCCGACCAAAGUUAGCCUGUCUCGGCUAACUUAGCCUGUCUCAGCUAACUUAGCCUGUCUCAGCUAGCAGGAGAGGACAAAAAGGCGAGUGGAAACAGAGCGAGCUGAAAGUGGCGCCGAGGCGUCAGGGAUCCAGUAAUGCUGCGGCUCGGGAUUAACUUCAGAUACGGAUGAGAAGCAGAUAAACCGAGAACUACUGCGAGCCGGACGACCGCUGCUAUGCUGGGGGGGAUUCACGGCUCUGGCAGCCCGCCGGAGUCCCGAGGGGGGCCGCACUCGGUGCUGUGGAGGCUCGGGGGCUUCUUCUUCCUCCUGCUGCUGGAGGGGGUCGGCGGCCUGGCCAGUCCGAGCGCUGCCUCCGGAGACAACAACAACAACAACAGCCCGAGUGUUAACAUUUACAUGAGUGUUGAGGAGGUGAAGAAGCUUUUGGGCCUGGAUGCAGAGCUGUACUAUGUGCGAGAUGACGUGGUGAAUCAUUACGCGCUCUCCUUCACCCUGCCUGUGCCCAGUGAGACCAACAGCCUGCACUUCUCAUGGCAUUCCAAGACAAAGGUCGACUACCGGCUUGGCUUCCAAAUGGACAACGACGUGGCCAUGAACGAACCCCGAAGCAACAUCUCCAUUCAGGGGGAGGUGCCCCGCGUUCCCUCUGUCUUCAGAGUGGACCUCUUCUGUUCGGGCAGGGUGGAUGGAGAGGCUGUGUUAACAGUGCAGCUCAAUCUGACCAUACGUGCCAACAACUACACAGUGCUCAACUUCAAGAGGAGGAAAAUGUGCUAUAAAAGAAUAGAUUCUGACCCAAAGUUUCCUCUCAGCAAUAAAACUCAUCCACAGCCUGAAUUAGAUGGUGUGACCGCCCCCACCACCUCCACCCAGGUGUUCUACAUCAGUGUGAGCGUCUGCUGCAUUGUGAUCUUCCUAGUGGCCAUCAUCCUGGCCAUCCUGCACCUGCACAGCAUGAAGAGGGUGGAGAUGGAGGACAGUGUGAGUGACAGUGGGAGCUCGCAGGGCCUGUCUCAGCCGUCCACACAGACCACACAGUACCUGAGGGCGGACACCCCCAACAACGCAGCCCCCGUCACCAACAAUCACCCUGGUUCUGCACCCAUUCUCCAGCUUGCUGCCUCCUCCUUCCAAAACCCCGGUGCUCCCCCUCAUGAAACCAAAAGUUACCCAUCGCUCCGCAUUGAGAAGAAUGACCUGAGGAGUGUUACUCUGAUGGAGGCCAAAGCUAAAGUGAAAGACAUCGCUAUCUCAAGGGAGAGAGUCACAUUACGAGACGUGUUGCAUGAAGGCACGUUUGGCCGCAUCUUCCACGGCGUGCUGCUGGAUGAAAAGGACUCCAGUAAAGAAAAGCAGGUCUUUGUAAAGACAGUGAAAGAUCAUGCAUCUGAAGUGCAGGUGACCAUGAUGUUGACUGAAAGUUGCAAGCUUCGUGGACUUCAUCAUAGGUCCUGCUUGCCGAUAAGCCAGGUGUGCACGGAGGACGGAGAGAAGCCCAUGGUGCUGCUGCCCUUCAUGGCCUGGGGGAAUCUCAAGCUGUUCCUGCGCCAGUGCAAGCUAGCUGAGGCUAACAACCCACAGGCGAUCUCUCAACAGGACCUGGUUUACAUGGCCAUCCAGAUUGCAUGUGGAAUGAGUUACCUCUCUCGCAGGGAGGUCAUACACAAAGACCUCGCUGCCAGGAACUGUGUCAUUGACGACAACAUGCAGGUGAAGAUAACAGACAAUGCCCUUGCCCGAGACCUGUUUCCCAUGGAUUACCACUGUCUGGGGGACAAUGAGAACCGGCCGGUGCGCUGGAUGGCCCUGGAGAGCCUGCUCAACAACGACUUCUCCAGUGCCAGCGAUGUGUGGGCCUUUGGAGUGACUUUGUGGGAGCUGAUGACUCUGGGUCAGACCCCCUACGUGGACAUUGACCCUUUCGAGAUGUCCGCCUACCUGAAGGACGGCUACAGAAUAGCACAGCCCAUCAACUGUCCAGAUGAACUGUUUGCUGUGAUGGCCUGCUGCUGGGCCCUGGAUCCAGAGGAGAGGCCAAAGUUCCAGCAGCUGGUUCAGUGUCUCACAGAGUUCCACGCAGCGUUGGGCGCUUACGUGUAAAAACUAAAACAUACUUCUUUUUUUUUUUUUUACCAAGAACAGCAACACUACAGGCUGGUGGACACUAUUCAUAAGGAAUACAUGAAAUAUAGAAAUGUGCCUUACCAGGUGAAAGAGCCUGAUGCUUUUAUUUUGUACAGUUGUUUUUGGAGUUUUUAUAUAGUUGAAUUUUUUUACAGCAUAGCAAGGUAAAUGGUUUCUUUGUUAAAUAUUGUUUGCUUUGAAAGCAUCUAGAAGUGAUGGCAAUACAGUGCUCCACCUGCAUUCCCGGACAUUUACGUGCCAGCGGACCCAUUCUUUUAUAGAAGAAUUUAUGCCUCCAACAACCUGGUUUCAAAGACAGUAUUUUCUACAGCUUUGUAUUUUAGUGACACAGUGUAGAUGUGUUGUGGAUAGACCUAAAGCUGUGUUGGUAUGCUUUGGGGGGGCUUUGGUACGAGGAGCCUCUGGAGAGGAUUUCUUCCUGAAGGUACACGUUUCCUCCGGAUCACACUAAAGACUUUUUCCUCGUUGAUCAAACGGAUGGACGCUUCAGAUUUUUCUAAAUCAGCAUUGCAAAGCUACAUUUAUGACCUUGAUUUCUUUUUAUAAAUCAAAGUGAAUUGUGGACACUAUUAUUAUUUUAUUGUCACCACCUUAUUCCUCUUUUGUACAUUUUCUUUCUAUCUGAACCUCCAAACUAUCUCAACUUGUCUAUUUUAUAAGCUUGACUGUUCUGCGUCAGAACAAAACAAAAACCUUCACAGGAUUCUUUUGACUGAUUUUAUUUUCUAAUAAUCACUGUGAACACACAAACUGCCACCAGCAGUCAUCUGAUCUUAUUCUUCCACCUUUAACAUCUUUGUGAUGUGUCUCUAUGGUCACUCUGCAUGUUGGAUUAAGGUUUUAAACUGCUUCCCGAUUUCAUAUCCACAAAUUAAAUGGGAUUUUAAAAUAUA